ACGUGGCAACACUGCAUUUACCAGCCGGUACAAUUGUCACUUUGAAGUUUGUUUUGAAGUAGUUAUGUUUUUAUAAUAAACAUAUCACUAUCCAAAAAUUUCUUGAAUCUCAGUAGUAUAAAUACAUAAUGGAAUCUCGUUUUAAUUUAAAUAUUUUACGACGGUUUGAUGCGUAUCCAAAACCACCGGAAGAAAUUCGUUCUGUAAAAACUUACGAAGGAGCGACAGUUACAAUCAUCAGUACAAUUGUGAUAAUUAUACUAGUGGGAUCGGAAGUUGUUGAUUUUUUAACACCAAAAUUAAAAAAUGAUUUAUUUGUAGACACAUCGAGGAAUCCUAAUUUAAAAAUCGAUUUAGAUAUUACCAUUCCAACAAUUUCAUGUGACUUUCUAGCUUUAGAUGCCAUGGAUUCAUCAGGAGAACAGCAUUUAAGGAUAGACCAUAACAUUUAUAAACGAAGAUUAGAUCUGAAAGGGCAACCAAUUGAAGACGAGCCAAAAAAAGAAGAUAUAACAAAAUCUGCUUUAAAGAAAAAGGAAAAUAGUACGGCCGUAGGAAAAGUAGAAUGUGGUAGUUGUUAUGGAGCAGCAUUAAACGAUUCACAAUGCUGUAACACUUGCGAUGACGUAAAAGCCGCUUAUCAAGCUCGUAAAUGGUCAAUGCCAGAUUUGGAUAAUAUCGAACAAUGUAAAAAUGAACAUUAUUCGGAAAAAUUAAAAAGUGCAUUUAACGAAGGAUGUAAUAUACAUGGUUCAUUAGAGGUAAAUCGCGUUGGCGGAAGUUUUCAUAUUGCACCAGGACAAAGUUUUUCUAUAAGUCAUGUACAUGUCCAUGAUGUUCAACCAUUUUCAUCCACUGCUUUUAAUACUACACAUUAUAUAAAUCAAUUAUCGUUUGGACCUAGGAUUAAUAAUUCGUUAACGAAUCCUUUAGACGAUCAUAGAGCGAUUGCCGAAGAAGGAGCUACAAUGUUUCAAUAUUACAUAAAAAUUAUUCCUGUAACAUACGUAGGUAAAGAUCGAACAACAUUUUAUUCAAAUCAUUUUUCUGUAACUAAGCAUCAAAAACCUGUACAUUUAUUAAGUGGAGAAUCCGGAAUGCCUGGAAUAUUUUUUUCUUAUGAACUAUCACCAUUUAUGGUGAAAUAUACAGAGACAAUCAGGCCCGUGGGACACUUUGUAACUACAAUAUGUGCGAUUAUUGGUGGUGUUAUAACAAUAGCUGGUAUUGUUGUACGAGUUUUGAAUAUUUCACGAGAGUCAUUACAAAAAAUUGAAUUGGGUAAAGUUAGUUAAUAAUGAAUGUUCCAUUUUCAAAUUGUAUAUUUUAUUUAUUUGAAUGUUUUUUAUUUUAAACUAUUAGAGCAAUUAAUAUACACGUUUUUACAAGUU